UACGAGUUGCUUCCCUUGUAUAGGAUUUCGUAGUACAGAAAGCGAGGGCACUGCUGCAUUUCUUACACAUGGCUACAUUUCUAUAGGUGCAUCUAGUGUGUGAUCAAGCGGUGAAAUAUCGGUUACACUACGGAAUGUGAUAUUUAAAUUCCUCCUUGGGCAGUCGGGAGGUCAGAUAGGAUAACAUAUUCAUCCUUCAUACAGGGAAGGCCGCAUACAUUAGGACGAAAGUAGGACAGAUCCUGAGUAAAAGUGAGCGAAGUUUAAGUCUGAAAAAUGGACCACCAGGAUUCUGUUGACAGGGAACCAUCAUUUGUGAGAAAUUCAAACCUGAGUUGUAUGGACGAGGAUGUCUUAUAUCACAUCGCCCUAGGAAAUAAGUCACAUGACCUGAAAGAGAUGUUCUCUGAUGUCAAGUUUGUGUGUUUUGGUGGAUCACCGAGCCGAAUGGAGAAAUUUGCAUUUCAACUAGUGAAUGAACUUAACUACAAGAUGACCGCUGGUCAGACAUUGUGUAAUGUGGCCGGAGGAUCUGACCGCUACGUUCUGUACAAAGUGGGGCCGGUCAUCUCUGUCAGCCAUGGUAUGGGGAUUCCCUCACUGUCCAUCCUCAUCCAUGAGAUACUGAAGCUGCUUAAUCAUGCAGGAUGUUCCCCGAGUGAUGUCACCUUCUUCAGGAUCGGUACUAGUGGAGGCCUGGGCCUGGAGCCAGGAACAGUGGUUAUAUCUGAGGCAGCUGUAGAUGGUAUCUUGCGUCCAUAUAUGGAAGUGGCCACGCUAGGGAUGAUAAUUCAGCAUCCGGCUCUGCUGGACCAGGAGCUUAACAGUAAACUGAUAGAUGUUGCCAAGGAGACAGACAUCAAAGCUGUCCUGGGGAAGACCAUGUGUACCUAUGAUUUUUAUGAAGGCCAAGCCAGACUGGAUGGAGCGUUCUGUGACUAUACCCCAGAGGACAAAAUGGCUUUUCUGAAGAGGGCACAUUCCCGCAGGGUAGCCAAUAUAGAAAUGGAGUCACUGUGCUUUGCUUCCAUGACACACAGAGCUGGAAUCAAAAGUGCAGUUUUAUGUGUAACAUUGCUUGACAGACUAAGUGGGGACCAGAUCAACUCACCACAUGACGUCAUGGAGGAAUGGCAGCAACGUCCGCAACGCAUCGUCAUCCAGUAUAUACGAAAACAGCUGGGUCUGGAGUAAUCAUUUAUACUUAACUUGUUGGCCUGGUUCUAGGGUAAAUCUGACUGCUCUCUGUUACUCAUUUCUGACCAAGAUCUCUGAUCAAUCUUGUUGUUUUAACUGACUUCUGAAUGGCUUAACAUGUAGUGUAUGUUUCUAUUGAAAAUUUGGGUGUAAUGAUGUCCAUUUCUGUGUUCAGACUCCUACUGAUGUCACCAGGGACGAUACAGUAGUACCUGAUACUGUCUGUCUGUUGUCCAACCAAUAACUCCCUACUUGUGUCACCAGGGACGAUACAGUAGUACCUGAUACUGUCUGUCUGUUGUCUGAACAAUAUCUUGGUUGUGUUAAGUCCCUACUGGUGUCACCAGGGACGAUACAGUAGUACCUGAUACUGUCUGUCUGCUGUCUGAAUGAUGGGACAGACACAGAUAUCACAUUACAUUAUGCUCCAUAAAAUGGCAGUGUAGAUAUGCUGUCUAAAUCAUGGAUAUAUGAUGAGUGUCUUUUUUUUUUUAAAUGUUUUUUUUUUUGAUAAUGUACAUUGUAAUUAUAAUAAAUAAGGACAACCUUGAGUUGGGAAUCAUACAAAGAGUCUGUGGUUGGAAGGAAAUUAUAUACAUACUGUAUAGUUGUUUAAUUUUGCAGGGUACCUCAAAUGUUUCACAGUUACUUAUUUAGUAUUACAAUUCACAGUACAAUCAUUUGCUAGUAACAACUGUAUUUAUGUUUGUAAUUUGUUCAGUGACAGCAAAUAUAGCACAAUUAAAUCCUUCACUAAUAUUACUAAGUAUGUGGUAUGUAAUGGUAUCUUUUGUCUCAGGUUCAAUGAUUUUGGAUUUGUUUUAUAUACAGGGACCACCGUUAAGAACGUUAAUACAUAGCUUUAAGAUUCACACAAUGUUGUUUAAGUUUUCCAGAAUUGUGAAAUAACAAACUGUAAGUUGAAUAAACUUAACACAUUUUUAAAUAUACGCACAUGAUAUGAUGUUAAGAUUUCAGAUUGGUAACUCCAUCAAGGGGUCGGACUGAGGUCAUUUUGAAGUGCCAUUUCAGUGCAAAAAAAUUUUGUGCAAUCUUUUUACAACACAGCAACAUUCCAUCCUUCAUGUAUUCUUCUAGUCAUUUUUCCCUUUUUUUUCUUCAGAAUCAUAAAAUUAAGUCAUAAUGUUUACAGUAAAUCCUAAAUAUUAUUUAGGAUUAAUUUUGAUGAAGACAGCACAUAGUUUAUGACGAGAGUUCAACCCUUUCCUUUAAUGGACCCUUCCUCUGAGAAAUUAUUAUGUAGCUCUUCUAACCAAUCAGAAGCAAUGUUACAAACAACAUCAAUUUUUCAUAACCAAUAUAAAUAUUUGUUUCAAACAGGAUUGGAUCAUUGGAGAAUUACUUGAAACAACUUCCAGGGUCAUUUUUUGAAACCUGCAAUUUUAAACUCAAUGUCUAAUUUCUCAUCUUAAUCAAGAAAGAAAAUAUGCAGUGUUACUAUUUUUGUUCUUAACACAUGUUUUUCUGUGAUCUACCCAUAAUGCACUGCCUUUGGUUACUGCAUUAACUGAUUUCUUUCGUUCAUUUUUAUUCCCAAUUUCUUAAAGGAAUUUACGUAAUUUUAGGGGUAUAGGCAAUUAACUAUAUAAAUCGUCGCUUUGAUUGCUCAUUGUCAUUUAUAAAUUCACAAUAACAUUGAGCUCCAUACUACAAACUAAAGAUUCUACGCAAUACCGCAAACUUGGAUUUUUAGUCUUAGACUGUGUUCAGUAGCCUUUUUUUUAAAGUCCCAAGCCUAAAACACAAAGUUUCUCACAAGCCUGGCUGGCUCAGCAGAACAAAUUAUUCAAUCUCUUUUUAAAAGAUUUAUUGCAUUAC